AUAUAGGUUAUGGAAAAUGAUUUCCUAAAAAGUCUGGAAACUGUAAUAAACAUGGAUAUUGGAAAAUGAGUAGUACUGGAUAUAGGUACAUAUCUGCAAUUGUUCUCUUACAAUACGUUUGCUCUCCAUGUCCGUUUAUGUUUCCACUACCGCUCUGCUCUGUUGUUUUAUGAUAUGAAUGGUGAGUGCAAAGCAGAGAAGAAAAAAUGUUUUUCUUUCCCAUGUAAUGAUCUACACUGUGUGAGUGAGAGUACUGACAUAGCAGUCUGAUGCAGGAGCUUCCACUUAGACAACACAACAACAGUGGAGGGAUUUUGCCACUCCCUCUAUGCCAGUCUGACCAAUGAGGGGAGUGGAGACAGCAGUACAGGGAGGAGUCUGGAGAUGGAGUGUUAGCAGCCUCACACAGAGCUGCAGCACUGACGCACUCUCAUCCACAGAGGCAGUGGUGUGUAGAGAGAAGAAGAGGACUGUUAUGGAGUGAUACUUCACAGACGAGUCAUUACAGUUUGGAUUGUCCUGACAUCCGGCACUUCUCUACCUUAUCCUCUGUGUGCAUGUGUUUAGCAUAGGGUGAACUGGACUUUCUCCUAGUCACAGCAGUGUGUGUGUAUGCUUGGUGUUAAUUUUCCUAGAUGGCACCCUGAGCUGGAGAAGCCGGAAUACACACUUUGCUCCAUUCAAAGUGACUGUCAGGAGAGGAGCCCUGAUCCAGCUCUAUGCUUGGUACUUUUCAUUACUUUUAGGAUCCAGACGCAGGAAGGAUGUGAGGGUCUGGAAGGCCCGACAUUGUGGUCUUUAACCCUGAAGCACGGCUAGGGAAUGGGCCCAGGCUGUCCUCCCCAGCCUCAGAGAGACAUGGAGGGCUAUUAUGGUCUUCUGCAGGCUGGCACUGUGCUGGAGAACACACUACAGCAGGUGGCGAUUCCUGUGAGUUUGAAAGAGGUGGCUGGCUAUAUUGAGAAGCAAGUGGCUUAUUUAUCAGGGGGCCGUGGCGAGGAUUCUAGUGUCAUCAUUACUCUCCCAGAAUGCUCAGAUUUCAGUGAUAUCCCAGAGGAAGCUCUGGCUAAAGUCCUCUCAUAUCUCACAUUGAUUCCACGAGCACGGCAACCUGGAGUAAAGUUUAUCAUCAUUCUGGACCGAAGACUGGAUACCUGGAAUUCCAUCAAAACAGCACUUGCAAGGAUAGCGGCAUCUUUUCCAGGAAACCUUCACCUGGUAUUAGUACUGAGACCAACCAGCUUCUUCCAGCGCACAUUCACGGACCUCGUCUUCCGCUUCAGCCAAGAGGACUUUAUGCUCAAGUUACCUGUUGUGAUGCUGAGCUCGGUUACUGACUUACUGCGCUACAUUGAUGAGAAUCAACUCACUUCUGAAUUUGGAGGCACUCUGGACUACUGCCAUAGCGACUGGAUCUUCCUCAGAACUGCUAUAGAGAGUUUCGCAGUGACUGUGAAGGACAUUGCUCAGAUGCUGCAGGCUUUUGGCACAGAGUUGGCAGAGAUGGAAUUAUCACAGGAGAGCAAUGCCAUCGAGCUGCUGCUGCUGUCACACACUGAGAAGUACAGGAGACUGAAGGAUGCUAUCAGCUCAGUGAUGAGGGAGGGACGCUACCUGCUCUCCAGCUUGGAGGUUUCUGGGCAGGAGGAGAAUAAAGAUACACACUGGGAUAUAACACAGGACUGGGACACAGUGCAGAGACUGUUGGUCCAACUGAGAGAUAUGGAGAUGGCGUUUGAUGAUUUCUUUGACAAGCACCACCUCAAACUUCAGCAGUACCUGCAGUUGCUGAGAUAUGAGCACAGCUUUCAAGAGAUGGAGGGUUCUUUGGAGAAGUUGAGUGUUCAGGAGAGGAAGCUCAUUGUUACAGGAGAAACACUGGCACAGACCGAGCAGAUCAUCAAAGAGCUGGAUAUUCUAGAGAAACGAGCUCAGGAGGAAAUGACUCGGGCCCAGGUGAUGAUAUUGCUUGGACACCAGUUGGCUGCAGGUCAUCAUUAUGCCACGCCUUUGAUCGUACAGCGCUGUAAUGAGCUCAGACACCGCUGUGACACACUAAACUCUGCCAUCAGUGCUAAAUGCAAAACACUCAUACAAGUGCAGACCUUACUGCAACACCUAGAGGAGGCCCAGAAGUGGUGUGAUGAUGGCACGUACCUCUUGGCCAAUCAGCAGUUGGAAAAAUUUCCCUCUAAAGAAGGUGCUCAGGCAGCGCUGAGUGAUUUAGAGAAGUUCCAGGAGGGGGCGCCAGCGCUCCUUAAUGCUGGGCCAGACUUGCUGCUUAUGGAAUAUGAGUGUGUUCUCACUCCUCAAUUACAGACUCAUAUAGAGAAGACAUUUGAGAAGUAUGCCUCUGUACAGAAUCUAUUCCAGACUAGACAGACCUGUCUGAAGAAACUAGCAGACAAACAUGUGCGGCCAGUACAGCUAGUAGCACCUCGACCAGAAAAUCCAACACGUACCAAGUCCCCAGUCUUUUCCCCCAAACAUGAUCUCAAUUCAAGUAUAAAAUUCACCUUUGACUUCUCAAGCAAAAGAACAACACGGAAAAGCCCAAACUCCAGGAAGAUUGAGGUGUUGCAUGACUAUCAGAACCGCAACUUUCUGUCCUAUGUAGUGGAUGGUGAGGAUGGAGCAGACCUGCUGAAACAUCGUGUAAUGCGGGAGAUGAUCGAGACAGAAAGAAUAUAUGUUGAAGAGCUUCUGACUGUGUUGCUGGGCUACAGGGCAGAGAUGGACAACCCCUCCCUCUCUUCUCUCCUGCCCACGAGCCUACGCAACAAGAGAGAUAUACUGUUUGGGAACCUGCCUGAUAUCUACAAUUUUCACAGCAGAGUAUUCCUGCAAGAUCUGGAGAGCUGUUUGGACACGCCUGAAGCUGUGGGAGCAUGUUUUCUAGAACGGAAAGAGAACUUCCAGGUGUACGAAUGUUACUGUCAGAAUAAGCCACGAUCAGAGGCAUUAUGGAAGCAGUUUUCUGACUGUGCCUUUUUCCGGGAGUGCCAAAAGAAGCUAGAGCACAAACUUGCUCUGGAUUCAUACCUGCUGAAACCAGUUCAGCGUCUUACCAAGUACCAACUCCUUCUGAAGGAGUUGCUGAAGUACAGCUCGGGUUGUGAGAGGGUCUCUGAGCUGCAGGGUGCACUAACUGCCAUGCUGGACUUGCUCAAAUCAGUUAAUGAUUCUAUGCACCAGAUCGCUAUCACAGGAUAUGAGGGUGAUCUCUGUGAUUUGGGCCGGGUCCUGAUGCAGGGCUCCUUUAGUGUGUGGAUCAGUCAUAAGAGGGGUGCAACACGAAUGAAGGAGCUUGCACGCUUCAAACCCAUGCAAAGACACCUGUUCCUAUACGAGCGCGCACUCCUCUUCUGCAAGCGCAGGGAAGAUCAUGGCGAGCAUGCUAAUAAGACGUCAUCCUACAGCUUCAAACACUGUCUAAAGAUGAGUGCUGUGGGCAUCACAGAGAAUGUGAAAGGAGAUGUGAAAAAGUUUGAGAUCUGGUACAGUGGCAGAGAGGAGGUAUACAUGGUGCAGGCCCCUACAGUGGAGGUGAAACUUGCCUGGUUGAACGCAAUUAGAAAAAUUCUCACGAACCAGCAGAAAUUAUUCAAAGGUGAACUUUGUCACCCCAAUCCAUUGGCUGAGCAGUUUCCUCUGUCUCCGCCCCUCUCUGAGAGCAAAAAGCAAAGAGCGUCAGUCAGCUCGGAGGAGACGGAGUCGGGCCACAGCAGUCCAGACCCAUGUAGCCGUUCUCCACAGCACCAAGACAACAGACACAGUUGGCCAGGUGCCACUCACUCAGUUGAUAUCUGUGAGGAUCUGGAGGACUGGAGUGGAGCUAAUCUCUCUAACAUAUCUGAUACUGAAGAGGAGGACACUGUUCGUUUGUCCCCAAGGAAAUGCAAGGCUGUAGCAGGCUCUCACAGAUACGGUCCCGAUGACCUCAUCAUUAAGUGUGGUGAUGUCAUACAGCUGGAGCAGGAGGAGGAUGACGGUCAUUGGUUGGGGAAGAACCUGAGCAAGAAACAGAAGGACAGGCUUUCUGCUUCAGGCCUGCAUGGCAUUCUGGGAAGCUGCAGCAGAGGGCACACCAACCAGCUGCAAGAACCAGGAAAACUGAAAAAAUGGAAGCUCAGCUCCCUCUAGACUCCACGCUGUCUGUCUUUUGGCAUGUUCAGCCUCAUGGAUAUGUCAGCUUUAUUCACGACACUUGAACACAACGGCUACGCUCUGUUCUACACAGGGGUGGGCCCUGUAGCCAGAGAUUUUUAUCAUGACAUUUUUAACAUUUUGGAACUUAUGGAAAUGUUGUUUGCUGCAUCCAACAAAAAUAUUCAAAAAGCCUUUGACAUAAGGUACUGUGACAUGCUUGAUAUGGAAGUGUUUUGCAGACAAUUUUCAAAAGCAAUUGCAAACUGUAUUUGCAAUUGCAUUUCCUAAUUGUGGAUGCAUAAAUCGUGGUAUAAUGAAAAUGCAAAUCGUGUAUUACUGUUUGCGUUUUUGUUUACACAAACAUACAGUGUCUGCCAAAUUUCAAAUGGAGAUGCAAAGUCCGUUAGCAAUUGCAUUUCUCAUGUCUUACGAGUUAUGAUCCUGUCAUAUCAAAAUAGCAAUAGCAUUCACCCCUUUGUUAUUUCACUUCCUUAGGGUUGUGUACAGCGCUUGACAAACUUCAAAUGGAAUAUCAAGUCCCUUUGCAUUUGCAUUUCCAAUGCCUUGCACAGAAACCUGUCAAUCAGUGAAGGAGGUGUGAGUAUACUACGGGGCGUGUUUGUAUUUGGAGAUGACGUCAGUCACAAUCAACGGCCAUGAAGGAAAACGUGCUGAUGGUUCGGCACAAUCAUCUGUGCCUGCGUCCACAAUUAGGAUUAAAGUGUAUUUGCAAUUGCUGUUGAAAAUUGUCUCCAAAAUAUUUCCGUAUUUGACAUGUUAUUGGAGUCUUUAGCAGAUGGAGUUGAUGAGAGAAUUACGACCUUGUUCUUAUUUAAAGGUCUACAGUAUAUAGUAUAAAUCAACCCAAAUCACUUGCCCAUGAUGGAGGAUACAAAUUUUUUUCCUAACAAGUGCUUUGUCUUCAGUUUAGUUGUCUUGUGGAUUUGAGAGACCCACAGCCUCUCUGUUUCCCCGCAUGGUGACUGGACUUGAUGCUUGACGGAUUUGCGCUGACAAAUGGACAUUGCAGCCAGGCACUUUAGCACUGUGUGGCACCAGUUAAAGUAUAUCUGAGGAUUUUUACCAGUAUUUCAUUAUGAUAUAAUACCCACCACUAAUUCUACAUUCUCUAAUUUUGAAUGUUUUCCAAGAUCUGUCUUCCAAGGACUGAAAAAAGGACCAGCAUUUCAGCAAGAGUCAAGAGCUACAUGGCUUUUUCAUUUUCCUUGUCAACCACCUAGAAGAGGUUAAAUGUCUCUGAUGGACACACACACACACACACACACACACACACACACACACACACACACACACACACACACACACACACACACACACAGACAGGUUGUCAAAGAAAACCAAAGGUGUGGCUAAUCCCGAUUCUUUUUGAACAGACUUAAAAUAUAAUGUUGACAAAUAAUUGUGUGUCUAUGGACUGGCUAUAAUAUAGCCUUCCAUUUACACAAACAUGGAUCUGAGGUUCUGAUUCUUGUACAUUUGGCUGAAUACCCUUCUCAAAUUCUUUGAGAGAUUUAGGGACAAUAACAUAUUAUUCCACAAUGCAGCAUUUCAUUAGCAAUCGGUGAGCAUUACUGUAGCUUUCCUGGCUCCAGAUCAUUUUAAAAGCACUGUAAACAAUACAAAGGUCACAGAAUCUUUGGAUUAUUUUUUUCUGCCUAAAAAAACCCUAAUGAAUAAGCAUUUGGAAGACCUUCGGUGUAUUAUUAACAAACGUAUGCAUGAAGAUCCUUAAUUAAGUCAUGAGGGCUUGAGAUUGAGCUACAAGUUGAAAUGAAAAAUGCACACGCACAAAAAAAAAAAAAAAAAAAAAAAAAAAAAUUAAAAUUAUUUAAUACAUCUCAGCUUACUAUUAGAGAAGGUUCUACCGCAGACAUGAAAUGUGCCUACUGGGUUCAGCGCAUAAUUAAAUAUUGAUUGUGGACUUAUAUGAAUUUACCACAUCAAAUCAAGCCCCCAGUUGGAGGGCUGUCUUUGAUAUGCUGGCGUUUGAAGUGGAAAUGAGUUUGGUGAAGCAGCAGGACUGACUCCAAAGCGCACAUAUCUUUACGGUGCUAAUGUAUUUAUUUUGCUACUACGUUCUUACUUUACAGUUCAGAAUGCUGUGCCAGCCCCCGAAAAUCUAUAACAUCUUUGUCACAUGGACAUUGCACACUAUUAUUUCCAGUUUAAUGUGCCUGAAGAGCUUUAAACUAUGUAAAUAAAUCAUUCAUUUUGAGUAUGCACUACACUGUAAAUGUAACAACUUUAGCACUUAAUUUUUAUAUGGACAAUUGUAAUAUAUAUGUUUAAAUAAAUGAUUUUCUAUAAAUGCAGUUUUAAUUGGAGAGUUCUCUCUCUCUCUCUCUCUCUCUCUCUCUCUCUCUCUCUCUCUCUCUCUCUCUCUCUCUCCCUCUCUCUCUCUCUCUCUCCCUCUCCCCCUCUGAAAAGCCCCUGAAAUGGUUGAAAGGCCUUGAUCGGUGAUGGGGGAGAUCCAGCGGUUUUUCAGAACUGGGCCAAGAGUCUUUUUAGGCACACAUAAUCAAAAAGUAGGCUUAGAGUGUCAGAUAUUCUCAGCAUACCACAUUUCUUCUCUUCCUCUGAAGUGCGUGAGUUCAAAGCUGCAGCACUGCGUGGUUUUUGGGCUCUGAGAGAUGAAUUUAUCAAGUGAUUUCUGCCAGUCCAGUAGUGAAGGGAGAGGGGUGUUGCAUGACAUGCAUUUUGAAUCCUGUCCUAUUUUUAUGCUCGCUUUAAAGAAAUGCUAAGUACACUUUGGUAUUUUGUCUGUCAUAGUCAAAAGCAAUUGAAUGGGGACUAAGCCGUUCAAGUCUUAAUAUACAUUUUAUUUUUGUUCUUUUGACAUAUGAAAAUGAUCCCAUUUACACAUUACAUUAACAUUACCCUAUUUUGAAUUUUUUUUUUUCUGGUGAUCAAGUACUGGAAAUAUAGGACAUUGUUUGAUGGCUAUGUAUCAUUCUGUAUCACAGGAAAAAAUGAGUAAUGAUUUUUUUAUGUCCCCCCCCCCCCCCCCUUUAUUAAAUAUUGUCACAAAUGCUGGCAGUAGUCCUAAAACUGCAAUUAAUUUAAUAAACCAUUCAUAUUUAGAAGUUGUCAACAACUCCAACAAAACUCCUUUAAGAAGCAUAACAUGAACUGUACUUUUCAGUCUAUGGUCUAUUCAACAUUUAGAUCUAAAGAUGAUAGAUGCAUUACAUAGAAAUGUACUUGUGUUUGUCUCUUUGAAACAGUCAACAAAAGCAUCAAAAGAAACACUUAAGAGCUAUAUUGAGCUAGAUGCUCAAACAAUAAUUACCUCUCAUGGACCAACAUCUUGAAAUUACAUCUCGACAGAGUUGGGUAUAACGCACUACAAAGAAUCGCUUUACUGUAUUCUAAUGACUUUUUCUCAUAACGCAGUAAUGUAACGCAUUACAUUUUAAAUUGACGUAAUUUGAUUACAAUUACUGAUGUCAAUAAAAUUACGUUACAAAAGUAUCAAAUUUUAUAUCUUCAGUGAACAGAGGAUAGACCAAUCAGACAUGGUUUACAGGAAAAUACAUGGAAAUACUUGUAUUAUUGGCUGACAGUCUCAAUUCUGCCAAACGCUCGCUCACACUGUCAGUGUGAGGAAAAAUAGAUAUAUGCAGUUUUUUUUUUUUUUUUUUUUUUUUUCAUGGGUUGAAACAGUAA